AUGUCCGCGACCCUCUCCUCCACGGAGCAAAAGGUCUACAACAAGGUCAUGGCCUCAAAGAAGAAGAUCGAGGCCGCGAUCCCCGGCCUGUCCAAGAAGGACAUGACGAGCGCGAUCAACAAUAUUCUCCGACUAGGCAAGGACGAUGUGCUCUCGUUCCACGCGGUCGCGGUCGAGGAUGCCAAGAAGCAGAACACGCUCACGGAGGAGCAGCAGUUUGUGCUCUCCAUUGUCGAGAAAGCCGGUAACAAGGGUAUCUCUCGACCGAGCAUUUCGAACCAGAUCCCGCCCGAGGUCAUGCCGCGUUCGCAGGUCAACAAGGCGCUCGAGGCGCUCGAGAAGAACAUGCUCGUCAAGACGUUCAAGAGUGUCAACGCCCCUACCAUGCCGCUCUACAUCUUGCACCACCUGCAGCCGCCCGAGGACCUCGCAGGAGGUAUUUGGUUCGACGAGAGCAAGGAGUACGACUCAAUGUUCGUCGACUCGCUCCGUCGUGUCGUGUACCGCUACGUUUGCGCCAAGAAGGGAAAGGACUCGAUCAACAAACUGUGCUCGAACCCGAUCUACCCCGUCUCCAAGACGGGAGCUCUGCCGACACCCGCCGACGUGCUGCGUCACAUCCAGAACAGCAAGGUGACGACGGCGCAGCUGACGAUCAAGAAUGUGAUGGAAAUUGCGCGUGCGCUGGAGCUGGACGGGCUGAUCGAGGCGAUCAAGCCGAUCGGCGGUGUCUCAGUCGACCCAGUUAGUGACUCGGACGACGAGCCCACCUCCAAGCGCAGGCGGUACAGCGAUGACGGGCUGGACGACGCGGAGCGCGAGCGCAAGGCGCGGAAGGAGAAGGAGAAGGCGCGUGCCAAGCUGAAGGAGCGCAAGCGCGAGGAGCGGCGACGGCAGCGCGCCAAGGAGAAGGAGAAGGAGCGCGAGCGCAAGCGCAAGGAGAAGGAGAAGGAGCGCAAGCGCAAAGAGAAGGAGCGCAAGCGGAAGGAGAAGGAGAAGGCGCGCAAGCGCAAGGAGAAGGAGAAGGCGCGGAAGAAGAAGUACGACUCGGACAGCGAUGUCGACUCGGACGACGAGCUGCGCGACAUCAACGACAUUGGCAAGAAGAAGCGCCGCCGGCGCGUCGAGAGCGACGACGACAGUGCUGCUUCUUCGUCAGACCUGUCCGAUUCUGACUCGUCCUCCUCAUCCUCCUCCGAUUCUGACUCUGAUUCUGAUUCUGACUCGGACGUCUCCUCCGUCGCCUCUGAGGAUAUUGAGCACGAGCAGCGCCCCAACGGCAUCAGCGCCAACCCCUUCCUGACCCACUCGGGGCGGCAGGGCAUCAACGACCUCUCAGACCAGGCCGUGGUGUACCGCGCGAUAAGGCGUAUCCGCAUCCAGAUGGGCCAGAUGCAGACCCCCUGCGGCCCGUGUCCACAGUUCAACUUCUGUCAAGAGGGCGGACCCGUCAACGCUACCGACUGCAAGUACUUCACCUCCUGGCUUGACGGAACUGAGGGCGGAUGGACGGCAGACGUCAAGAAUGAGCGCCUCAGGAAGGCGCAAGAGGCCGAGAAGGAGCGUAAAAAGCGCGAGGCAGAGGCCAACGGUCAGACAUACGUUGAGGAGGGAGAGGAGGGGGAGGGAGACGCCGUUGAGGGCAUCGAGGAGUACAUUGAGGAGGAGGUCGAGGAGCCCUACGAGGACCCCCUCAACAACUGGUAG